UGAGAGUUUUUGCUAUAAAUGCAGAACCCUUCAUUCCCAUUUUCAUCACACUCAACUCAACUAGCUUUAAUUAGUUAUUGAGAAACAAAAAGGUUAGUGAAAGAGAGAAAUGGAAGGUUGUUGUAAUAACCAUUACAAUUUUCUCACUAUCUUUCUUAUUUUAUUAGCCUUCACUACUUCAACUUCAUCAGCAAGGCCAGCAACCGGACAUACAAACACAGAGUUUAUACGAACCUCAUGUAAGUCAACAACUUAUCCUAACCUAUGUUACCGUUCAUUAUCAAGCCGUUCAAGUGCUAUUGGAGUUUCUCCACAACUUCUAGCACAUGAAUCUCUCUCCGUUAGCCUCGAAACAGCCCAAUCAACAUCCGCUAUGACGUUGAAAUUGGCACACAGUCAAGGCAUGACGCCUAGAGAAGUAGGCGCCAUGCAAGACUGUGUGGAGGAAUUAAGUGACACAGUAAGUGAACUCAGAAAAUCUUUAGGAGAAAUGAAGCAAUUGAGGGGAAGAGAUUUUGACAUGAAAAUGAGUGAUAUUCAAACAUGGGUAAGUGCUGCCUUAACCAACGAAGACACGUGUACGGAAGGAUUCGCCGGAAAAGCGAUGAACGGAAAAGUUAAGACGGCAGUAAGGGGAAAGAUUGUUGAAGUUGCACAUAUGACAAGCAAUGCUUUGGCUUUGAUCAACACCCUUGAUGCCCUUCAUGGCUAAAGUAUAUAUAUAUAUAUAUAUAUAUAUAUAUAUAUAUAUA